CCCAGGGGGGUGACAGCCUGUCUGGGGGUGACAGCUGUGUCCCAGGCGGGUGACAGCCGUGUCUGGGGGUGACAGCGGUGUCCCCAGGCGGGUGACAGCCGUGUCCCCCCAGAGGUGUUCCCGCCGCAGAUGGAGGGGGUGAAGCUGAUCGUCACCAAGACCCUGAGCAGCCACUUCCAGGUGACACACACGGUGCACAUGAGCACCCUGGGCCCCUCCGGCUAUCGCUUCAACGCCACCUUCGUGGGGGACCGCCAGCUCGGGCCCACUGAGGUGACACCGCGGGUGGCAGCGGGCUGGCCGCGGGUCUGUGGUCACCCUAAAGCCACCGGUGACACCGGGGCUGUGGGGUCAUUGUGGGCAUCUCUGAGCCCGGGUGGCCUUGGGGUCAUUGGUGGCCUUGGGGCCAUGGGUGGUCCCAGGUGGCCUUGGGGUCAUUGGUGGCCUUGGGGUCAUCGGUGGCUCUAGAGCCAUGGGUGGUCCCAGGUGGCCCUGAGGUCAUUGGUGGCUUUGGGGUCAUUGGUGGCCCUGGGGCUGUGGGUGGUCCUGGGUGACCCUGGGGUCAUCGGUGACCCUGGGGUCAUCGGUGGCUCUGGGGUCAUCGGUGGUUCAGGGGUCAUUUGUGGCCCUGGGGCUGUGGGUGGUCCCAGGUGGCCUUGGGGUCAUUGGUGGCUUUGGGGCCAUGGGUGGCCUUGGGGCCAUGGGUGGCUCUGGGUGGCCCUGGGGUCAUUGGUGGCUUUGGGGCUAUGGAUGGUCCCGGGUGGCCUUGGGGUCACUGGUGGUCUCAGGGUCAUUGGUGGCUCUGGGGCCAUGGGUGGUCCCGGGGUGGUGAGUGACCUCAGGGUGGUCAGUGGCCUUGGGGUCAUUGGGGGUCUCAGGGUCAUUGGUGGCCUUGGGGUCAUUGGGGG